AGCACAGGCGUGGCUGCCUCUGAAGCCUCAUCAGAGGCAGGCUCUGCCUGCGGCCACUAGCACAGAAGCCGCUGUUCUGCCACCAGCCCUGGACCACCUGCUCCAAGACCAGCCCCUCCGGAGGACUAGCCGCCCGGCUUCACUGGCACACAGUCUUCCCACAGGGUCUGCAGCUGAAGAGCCAGCAUCAGCGUCCUCCCAGUUUGCAGAAUUGAAACAGGACUGAACAAGAGGGCCUCCUCUGGCGGGGUCAGCUGCCGAACCCUCUGCUCUUCCAGUGUCUUUCAUACCCAGGCCCAGGAUAGAAUCUGAUCACAGGGAGCCGUCUUCAGCAGCAUCAGCAUGUCGAGGCCCAGCAGCAGAACCAUUUACUUGCACCGGAAGGAGUACUCCCAGAACCUCACUUCAGAGCCCACCCUCCUGCAGCACAGGGUGGAGCACUUGAUGACAUGUAAGCUGGGGAAUCAGAGAGUCCAGGAUCCCAAGGAUGCCUUGCAGAAGCUGCUGGAGAUGGAUGCACAGGGCCGGGUGUGGAGCCAAGACUUGACCCUGCAGGUCAGGGACGGCUGGCUGCAGCUGCUGGACAUUGAGACCAAGGAGGAGCUGGACUCUUACCGCCUGGACAGCAUCCAGGCCAUGAAUGUGGCACUCAACACAUGUUCCUACAACUCCAUCCUGUCCAUCACCGUGCAGGAGUCGGGCCUGCCAGGCAGAAGCACUCUGCUCUUCCAGUGCCAAGAAGUAGGGGCAGAGCGACUGAGGACCGGCCUGCAGAAGGCUCUGGAGGAAGAGCUGGAGAAAAGCAGACCCCAACUUGGAGGACUUCGCCCAGACCAGGACAGACGGAGGGGGCCUCCUGCGGAAAAGCCACUCCCUAUGGAGCAGGCACUCUAUCUGGAGCGGGGGCCCCUUCCAGAACAGCCCCACCAGAGGACCCCAGAGCAUAGCCUCCCGCCAUCCCCAAGGCCCCUGCCACACCACCCCAGUGCCCGAGAACCAAGUCCCUUCACUCUGUCUCCUCCAAGGCGGUCCCCUUCCCCCGAGGACCCAGAGAGGGACGAGGAAGUACUGAACCAUGUCCUAAGGGACAUUGAACUAUUCAUUGGAAAGCUGGAAGAGGCCCAGGCAAAGACCAGCAGGAAGAAGAAAUUUGGGGGAAAAAACAAGAAUCAGAGAGGGCUCACACGGGCACAGUACACUGACUGCUUCCAGAAGAUUAAGUACAGCUUCAACCUCCUGGGAAGGUUGGCUGCCUGGCUGCAGGAGACAAGUGCCCCCGAGCUCGUGCACAUCCUCUUCAAAUCUCUGAACUUUAUCCUGGCCAGGUGCCCUGAGUCUGGCCUAGCAGCCCAAGUGAUCUCACCCCUCCUCACCUCUAAAGCCAUCGACCUGCUGCAGUCCUGUCUAAGCCCACCUGAGAGUAACCUCUGGAUGGGGUUGGGCCUGGCAUGGACAACUAGUGGGCUGGUGCAGUGCUGUGAUGAUCUCGGCUCACUGCAACUUCCACCUUCUGGCUCCAAGCGAUCCUCCUACCUCAGCUUCUCAAAGAGCUGGUACCACAGGGCCGACUGGACAGGUGAUGAGCCCCUGCCCUACCAACCCACAUUCUCUGAUGGCUGGAAACCUCCAGAGCCCUCCAGCCAAGCACUCUUAGGAUACCAGGACUCUGCUUCCCUUCGGAGGGGAAGUCACAGGUUAGGGAGCACCUCACACUUUGCUCAGGAGAAGACACCUAACCAUGAUCCUCAGCCUGGGGACCCCAACUCCAAGCCCACCAGUCCUGCACCUGUCCAGCCAGCCCUGAAAAUGCAAGUCUUGUACGAGUUUGAAGCUAGGAACCCACGGGAACUGACUGUGGUCCAGGGAGAGGAGCUGGAGGUUCUGGACCACAGCAAGCGGUGGUGGCUGGUGAAGAACAAGGCAGGACAGAGCGGCUACAUUCCCAGCAACAUCCUGGAGCCUCUACAGUCAGGGCUCCCUGGGACCCAGGGCCAGUCAUCCUCUCGGGUUCCAAUGCUUCGACUUAGCUCGAAGCCUGAAGAGGUCACAGCCUGGCUGCAGACAGAGAACUUCUCCAAUUUCACGGUGAGGACCCUUGGGUCCCUGACAGGGAGCCAGCUACUUCGAAUGAGACCUGGGGAGCUACAGAUGCUAUGUCCACAGGAGGCCCCACGAAUCCUGUCCCGGCUGGAGGCUGUCAGAAGGUUGCUGGGGAUAAGCCCCGAGUCACUGGACUGGACCCCUCCAAGAACCAGGCCCCGCUGAUGCAAGAUGGCAGAUCUGAUACCCAUUAGAGCCCCGAGAAUUCCUCUUCUGGAUCCCAGUUUGCAGCAAACCCCACACCCCAGCUCACACAGCAAAAACAAUGGACAGGCCCGGAGGCUGAAGCAAACAGUGCGCAUUCUGGCUGUGUUGGAGCCUCCCCAGUAAACACCUAUUUAUUUUAUCUCUUUCCCAAACCUGGAACAUCUCUGCCUAGGCUUGUCAGGAAUCUGUCCAGUCCCUCUCCUUCUCAGUAAAAGCAUCUUCGAGCUUGUUCUCUGCCUCCCUUACAGCUUCUUCUGGGCCUGAGGGGGACCAAAGACAGGGAGGUAGGAAGGGCUGGGACACUGGGCAUGAAACAGCAGCAAGCCUAUAUCCAUCACUGAGCCAGAUUAUUUGAAUGUGAGUGGACAUUCACACUGCAACCUCGAGCUGGAAUCAGAAUUUAAGAAUUAUGGCCCAAGCUCUCCGGACUCUCUUUCUAAACAAACUCCAAAAUAAGGCUAUGCUCACCAUGUUUUUCAUGCAUACAUGUCUCCCAGUAUAUUCCAAGACACCCAGCACAGCUGCAGGCACACCACUUCACAGUAGCAAAGAGCGCCAGGACUGACAGCUGCAGGCUUUGAUCAGUUCCACCAGCUGGCUGGGUGAACUCUAGCAAGUCAUUUCACUCUUUGGGUCCCUGUUUCCUCAAGGGUUAAGCAAAGAGUUUGGACUGUCCAUAGCUCCUUAUAUUUUUUAGUAAAAGUGGCUUUCCUUAAUCUCAAUGGAGUCCCCUCUCUACAUACCAGUAGGUAUACUUGUCUUGAGUUAGUUAACAGAUAAGGCCCAAUGUACUUACGGAUUCGAGGGUUCUUAAGAUGUUCCCUUAAAUCUCUCUUAGCUGAAUUUGUCCAUGACCCUGACAUUGUCUGGGCCCCAAACUGCCCUAUUUUUAGACUGCCUAUGUCAUCCCCUCAAGUUUCUGGCCUCAGAAAAUCAUCUCUCAUAGCUGUUAACAGAAUAGGAAAGCAACAAUUUUCCCUCACAAAAGAGAGAAAAGGUGAGACCCUUUGGAUGUCAAGGGCAAAAGUACCCAGAAAAGUUAAUUUCUUGGUAUGCGGGGGGAGAGAUAUUAACCCAUCGCUAAAGGAGCCCUAGAAGCAGGGAAACCCUCCAGGACCAAAAAAAAGUGUUUUCACCUGGUGUUUCCCAGACUUCCCAAGAAGACUGCCAUGUGGCGAAGAGCUGUCCAGAUGGCCAAAUGCAGGGAAACUAGCCCCAACUGUGUUAUUAGACAGAUCUAGGUUUGAAUCCCAGACCAUCUCUGGGACCUUAAGGGCACCUCCCCUAACCGCUCCAGGCCGGUUUCUUCUUCUAGAAAACGGGCAUAACCCCUGCCUGCUGAAGUUGCUGUGAAGCUUAAACUGGAAUGAAUUAGUUACCGGAUGUAAACACCAGAUGUUCCCUAGCAUACAAAAGGUACUCAAUAAAUGCUCAUCUUAUACCUCA